AUGCGUUUCUUUGGAGUAUUAAUGAUGGGUAUGGAUAAUAAUAAUAUUUUGGAUGAGCUUGUAUCAGAUUUAUCCUUUCAACCUAUUACAAUAAAUUUACAAAAAAUUAGUAUCGUGAUACAUUCAAUUGGCGUACCAAUUGCUGAUUGUAAAAGGACUGGUGGUAAAGAAUUGAUGUGA